AGAAUCUGAAAUAACUACGGGAAAAAAUAUAUAUUUUUCCAGUGUCUUGAAACGAUGUUGAACGCAAAGAAACUGAUGAAGAUGGCGAGGAAAUGGCAACAGAGAGCAGUCCUGAGGAGGAAGAGAAUAGCAUCGGCGAGAUCAUCGGCCGUGGAGAGAGGCUGUUUCGUGGUUUACACGUCGGAUAAAAGGCGUUUCGCUUUACCGAUAACUUAUCUUACCGAAUCUAUCUUCCAAGAACUCUUGAAGAUGUCGGAAGACGAGUUUGGUCUGCCGGGAAACGGACCGAUCACACUGCCAUGUGAUUCAGCCUUCUUGAACUAUCUCGUUUCGUUGGUUCGAAGACGUCUGGAUAAAGAUACCGAAAAAGCCCUGCUGAUUUCAAUGCCGAGUGAUAGAUGUUCAUCACAGUGUUCUUCCCGACAAGAACAGAGCACUCUGCAACUACUUGUUUGUUAGGGUUAGCUGCAAGAAAGAUUAGAUUUUUGUACAGGUUGGGACAUGUUAGAUAGACAGGAAGAUUGCGUUCAAAUACAUUUUUUGUGGGCACACAUAAAAUUUUAUUUAAAUUGUUAUUUAAUACAUGAUA